GUUUAGUUCUUUAACCGACUGUCAGUGUCAAUGUAGUCAAUUAAAGCUUUUACACUCUUUUUCGAGUAUAAUUAAUUAAAAUUAAGUACAAAAAUUGCAACAAUAACAAGAUGCAAUCUUCCAUGUGAUAGUUAUAAAUAAAAUGAGUGUUUUCGGCGAUUUCCAGCAGGUGUGGUCGCAAAGAUUUCCCCACAGUUCACUGCCUGCAGCUUGGGAGGAGGAUGUCAGGGCAAAUUUGGCAAAGCAUAAACACAAAGUUUUGCUCUUGAAAGAGGAAUUGGAGAAGGAGGAGUUUUACGUUGAGUAUUUGGAACGGUUGCUGCACGACGUCGAGGAGCACAAGAAGAGAAUCGAGCAGGAAAAGACCGAGGGCGAGGAAAUCCUAAUAAAGAAUGAUGUCAUCGCUGAUAAGAUCGACAAUCAUCUACCUACGGCACCACCUCUGGAAGCGGCUCCCGGUUUCGACAGUUGUACCGUAAAUCAGUGUGUCAGCGAACUUUCGGCUCGCUUAUCCGAAAUAUCCGCCGAAAGUUUAGCGCAUUCCGACGAGGCGCCUUCUAGCAUAGAUCCCAGCAGUUUCGUUACGGUUAUCGAAGUCAACGGACUGAAGUCCGUCGAUUUAUCGUCACCUCUGAAGUUGCCUCCGAGACCGCCGAUUAAACCCGUGCAGCGAUCCAACAGUAGCGCGCAAGAGAGUUCGGCCAGCAAUGAAUCUCUCGUGUCCUCGACCGAGCAGCUCGGUAUUGAUGAGCCGUUUUACGAUUCGGUAGCAGCGGAUGAUCAAAGUGAGCAAGAGUCGAGCACCGAAAAUGUUUUUACGACAUCGAGCACGCUACCGCUUCUGGCAAAACGAAGCGCCCUAAGCGAGAUCAGCGACAUAACGGAGCCCCAAUCGCCCGGGACGGCCUCCAAUUACGUAAACAUCGAAUACUUCAUUAAGAAACGUUCGGGACCCGACGGUCACAGCAGCAGCGACGAGGACGAAGUGCCCGAGUUGCGGCGGAGCACCGACGAGGGCUCGUACGCGAGCUCGAGCUCGUUGGAGUCGACGACCCCCUCGGCGCGUCGGAAAUUCAGUCAUGACGGGGACAGCAAGGGCGAAGUCGAAAGGAUGUACAGGUGCAUGCUGUCGAAUAUUAUCGAUAGCGAGGCGAAUUACGUCGAAUGGCUUAACGUCAUGCUGCAGUACAUGAAGGCGAUAAAGGCGACGUUGGGCACGUCGCAUCCCGUCAUAACCGAGGCGGAGUUUCGGACGAUAUUUUAUAAAAUUCCCGAACUGCAUUUGUUGCAUUCCAAUUUUCUGGAGAGCUUACGGAGGCACGCGCAAAAGUGGGACAGCAAAAUAGGAGACAGUUUUAAAAAUAUGGCUUUAAAUUUAUCGAUGUAUGGUGCUUUCUUGGGAAACUACGGAAGGGCGAUCGACACGGUACGCAAAUGCAGCGCCUCCAACACGCAAUUCGGCGAGAUAACGAAAAACAUUAUCUGCAAAACGUUAUCGGGAGGUCCGUCCAUCUCCCUGGAGGAUCUCCUCCACAAACCCGUCGCGCGUGUACAAAAGAACGCGCUCGUCCUGCACGAUCUCCUCAAGUAUACGCCCGUAACUCAUCCCGAUUACAGCAGCCUCUCGGAGGCGCUGCAGUUAACCCAAGUAUUUCUGGAUCAGUUCAACAUGAUCCAGACCAAGUCGAUGUUUCCCGCGUCGGACCGAGCUCAGAGGCGUCUAGUCAAAAAUUCCUUUAUCGUAGAGUUAGUCGACAGCCAUCGAAAGCUGAGGCAUUUAUUUUUAUUUAAUGACGUAAUUGCCUGUGCGAAGUACAAGUCGUCGGGCCGUAACGAAAAAUACACCUUCGAAUUGAAGUGGUUCAUUCCGGUGGAGGAUAUCUAUAUAUUGGAGGAAUCGACCGCGAAUCCGCACGAGGUGUCCUCCUCAAAUAUAGUGGCCUUAAAGUCGCAAGCAUCAAAUGUGCGCGACCAGUUACGACACGAGGAGAAAAACGAGGACAAGAAAUUGCGGCUCGGAAGAGGAUCUGAGAAGUAUCGAAAAAGACUGCUAGAACUAGAAAGUCAACUCGUCUUAGUUUCGCCGAAUUUAGUAUUUAGAAUAAAGCAUCGCCAAACGCAGAAGACCUUCAUCUUCUUUCUUUCGUCCGAGUUCGAGCGGACGCAGUGGAUCGAGGCGAUACACACCUUGCAGCAGACGAGCACGCCGCCUGCGCCCACCGUCAACUUCAGCAUGCUGGAGUUGCAAACGUGGAUUACGGCGUGCCGAACGUUUUUAAAGACGAACAUGGGCUCGUACCUCUUGCGCAGCGGGCACGACGAGAGCUUGCUCGUCGGCGAUCUUCACGUAACGAUCCGCGAGCUGAUGGGAAUGGAAUACUGCGCGGAUCUCUACGUCUGCAUUGAGGUCGACUUCUACGGGCACUUCUUCCGCAAGGCGAAAACAAAGAUGGUGUGCAAUUCGAGUACGCCGGUGUGGAACGAGUCGUUUGUCAUCGAUCUGGAAGGAUGCGAGAAUCUUCGGUUCUUGGUGUAUCGCGAGAACGGAUCUCACGCGAACCUGUUCGGUAAGCAUACGCAGAAGCUUAGUCGCCAGUGGCUCGGGCAGCAUCAGAUCGAGAAAAUCCUGCAGCUAAAUGGAUGCAGCCUUCGUGUGGCUUUAAAGUUUGUACCUUGCGAGGUCAGCCUAAGGAGAGUGCCUACCGGUAAAGCGGGCUCGUUGUUCGGGGAGAAAAUUCAAAAUGUUUGCAAGCGACAAAAACGCGAUAUACCGUUUAUCGUGUCCGCAUGCAUACGUGAAGUCGAAAGGCGGGGAAUGUCCGAAGUCGGCAUAUACAGGGUGUCCGGUUCCGCGUCCGAUCUGGCUCGACUAAAAAAGUCGUUCGAAAGCAAUUCGUACGAGGCGGAGCAGCUCUUGAAAGAGGUGGACAUUCAUUCGGUAACGGGCGUGCUCAAGCUGUACCUGCGGGAGUUGCCCGAGGCGCUGUACACGGACCAACUGUACCCGACGCUUUUGGAGGCGUUCAAUCAGAGCAACGGAAAUCUGAUUCGUCGAAUGGAGCUGCUCAAGGAGUGCUUUACGAAACUGCCGCAGCAGAACAAGGCGACGAUUCAGUUUAUUUUGGACCACUUAAUUCGUAUAAACCAGCACGAGAACGAGAACAAGAUGUCCCUUCACAAUUUGGCGACGGUUUUCGGUCCGACGCUUUUACGGCCUGGCGGCAAAUCGGAUAGCAAUAAACAAAAAGAUUUGCUGGCGACAGGUACGGUGGACGUAAUGGCUCAGGCGGGCAUUCUCUAUUGCUACCUGCAAGAUAUAAGUAUCGCCCACAAGAAUUGUUGACAAGAAUACGCUGUUCGUGCUUUACAUUGUUCAAGUGAUAGACUGAAGGAGUCGUUUCUUCGAGUAUUCAAAACAUUCGCUCUAGUAUUUUAGGUUAUGUACUCAUUCAUACCAAUAUUUGUAUCUUUGUAUCCAUAUAAAAAUUUGUAUAAUUAGUGUGUAACUUAUUUUGUAUUUAAGUACCACCUGAACUUGUACUAUUCAUACUAUUUGUAAAUAUAUAUCAAAUAAUU